GUUUCUGGCUGCUGCCCUCGGGCUCUUCCAACAUGUCCAGCCGGAGAUCCACGGCGGAGGAGGACCAUGGAGACACGUUCAUGAACGGAGACGAUGAAGGAGAUCGGGACAAUGGGAGUCGUAGGGAGAUCCGACACAAGUACCGGGAGCUCAUGCAGAACAUGCACCAGAACAGAGAAGAUAUGCUCAGCUCCCGUAGUAACAAGCUGACCGAGACCCUCGAACAAGCCAAUAAGCUCUUUGAAGGAGUGUCCAAAGCCAGAGAAGCCGCACUUGACGCUCAGUUAUUAGUUUUGGCGUCAAACCUGGGGAAAGAGAAAGCGAGCCAACUCCGUGCAGACCUGACCGUGUUUGACCCAACUUCAUUUGCAGAGGACUUGCUUACAUUCAUGGGCAUUAAUCGGUUGGAAAACCCAGACAGUGACAGUGAAGAAGAAGGAAUCGCCAAAGGAUAUCUUCCCCCUGAUGCUUGGCAUAAACUUGGAAGUGAAGCUGCUAAACAUUUCAGAAGAACUCCAACCUUUCAUUUCAUGCUGGGCUCAUUUAAGACAGACCCUCCUGUAGUUCGGCAAAGAAUUGACCGCCAAAAGAGGACUAGUAAAGUUGAGGAGAAGAGGGUAAUGCCAGCACAGCUGAAACAAAUGGAAGAGUCCCACCAGGAAGCAACAGAAAAGGAAGUAGAGCGUAUUUUGAGCUAUCUACAGUCGUACUUUAAAGAUGAUCCUGAAACUCCCAUAUCUUUUUUUGAUUUUGUUAUUGAUCCAGAUUCUUUUGCUCGUACAGUUGAGAACAUCUUUCAUGCUUCCUUUAUCAUCAGGGAUGGUUUUGCAAGAAUAAAGCUUGAUGAUGACAAGCUUCCAGUGAUAGAACCUGUAACUGAUAAAGACCAGUUGUCGCAGGUAGACAAAGACAAUCAACCUAGGUACCAAGGAGUCAUCUCCCUUAGCCACCAAGACUGGAAGGAAAUAAUAGAAACCUUUGAAAUUACAGAACCCAUGAUCCCACCCAGCACAAAUGCAACAUAAACUGCUUUGACUGUCUAGGAGAGCUGCUAUCAGAAGAGUCCAGUCUAUGUCAGUGAUGCCAAUGCUGCUUGACCAUGGAAGGAUUUAUUACUUCUUCUUUAAAGAUGGUAUCGUCAAUGAUCUGUUCCCCUACACUUCCUAUCUGUUAGG